AUGUUUUAUUUUUUAGUUUUUUCACAGUCUAUUAAUAUUUCAAGGAUAGCAUUCUGCUCAUGGAGUGGCUUUGGAUGCAUUAAAAGUCGAAUUUUGCCAAAUUCAAAGACUUGGUACCAAUUACUUCCAGAAGUUUAUAUUUAUUCAGAAGGUUAUCCUGACCAAGUUCCACAACAAAUCGUCAAAGAAAACAAUCACUUAAGCAUUCACUUUCGUAAGCUAGAUUUGCAAACUUAUGCUCUUUUUGGAACAGAAUUUGAUACAGCUUGGAAUCAUGCUCAAGCACGUCAUAUGAUAUCAAUGCAUGACUUUGUUACAGCUGUGCCUGAUAAAGAUUGGUACGUUUUCUUUGAUGAUGAUACGUAUUUCUUUAUGGAUAAUUUACUCGAUUUUCUUGAAGCUCAUAAUCCAAAUGAAGAUGCAAUGUAUGGUGUUACAUAUGGUGUUGCUAGUUUUUCAACUCCGUUCUUCAGAAAUAUUCACAAAUGGCACGAUUUCAUUCAUGGUGGCUCUGGCAUUAUAUUUUCAAAGUCAUUCAUCAAUAGAGUCAAAGAGUACUUCAUUCCUUGCCAAGAUAUGUUCAAUUUGGCAAAUGUUGGAUCAGAUAUCAGAUUUGCUCUUUGUUUAGAGAGAUAUUUCGAUGAUCGCCCCGGUGGAUAUUCUAGUUACCUUCAUCCAUCUGCAGAACAGUUCUUCCCUGACGUUCCUGAAGAAUUGGAAGACAGAAGACACCAAUUUUUGCCUCAAAUCUCCGCCCACCACAUUGAAAAGGACAGAGCGUAUAUCUUUUAUAAUACAACAGUUUCCCAGUGGAAAUUAAAGAAUGGAACUGAUGUUUACGCUGAUUGGAGUAUUUAUGCUGCAAUUCCGUUCAGAGUUGAGAUAUUCUCCGGCCAAAUCACUAAUUUCUACUUCGGAUAUAGGUUCUGCUACACGAAUCUUAACCAAGCUUGUUCUAAAUUGCAAACAAUGAUUACUCCUAUCGAUAACUCAGAGAAUCCAACAGAAUUCGUACAAACAUUUGAAAGAGGAUUUAGAGUAAGAUAUAUAUGUGAUGAUAAUAUGGAAAAAGGAGAACUUGCUCAAGAAUUUCAUGAUGAUUACAAGAAUUACUCAUUAUCAUUGAGAGUUAAGUGUCCUAAAGCAAGACAAUUCUAUAAUAAUCAUCCAGGAUCUGAAUCUCCUUAUGAUAUGUACGAUGUUCCUGUUAAUAUGCUUUAG